AUGGGCACCGCGCGGCGGCCGACGGCGGCCGACCGCGAGGCCGGCGUACCGACGUGCGCCGCCUGCGGCACGGUCGCGGGCCCGCGCGUCCACCACUGCCGGCGCUGCAACAUGUGCGUCGAGGACUUUGACCACCACUGCGUCUACCUGAACCGCUGCGUCGGC